AUGAUUCAUCAUCAUCGACCAAGAGGUCCAGAAAUUCUUAAUUUCGAAACCAAUUUAUCCUCACACAUGUCAUCAUCAGCAAGUGGUGUUUUCUCUUCUUCUUUCACCACUCGUAGUUCUUCUCAACAACAUUAUAUAUCACAAGAAUCAGCGAAUAAUGAUUCAACAACACUUCAACAACAUGAAGUGACUAAUCAUACCAGUUCCAUCACAAUAUCUGAAUCCCAUCUGAAAGCAGGAAUGGCCCUCUUGUUGGGUUUCAUGUGUGGAGUUCAUGAGGAUUUGCACCAAGCAGCAAAAACAAUCUUAUUGAAACAUCAUCCCAUGUGUCAACAAAAACAACAACAGUUCAUAUCGGACCAUGAUGCAUCUGUAUCAGAAAACUCCUUGCAGAUGGAAAAGAAUCAGACUUCCAAAACAAGAAUGAUGAAUUCUUAUCAUCAAGAUCAUUUGAAGAAGAAUUGCAAACUGGUGGUUGUAGAUGGUGAGAAAGGAAAUUCAGAAUUGCCAGCUGUUGACAUUAUGACAAGAAGCAAACAAAGAGUUGAACUCGCUCAACAUCAAGAGCAAUUACUGAAGGAAUUUCAACAACAACCCCAACAACAACAGACAAAGAAAGGACGAAUAUCCAUCUCAAUAAAAGAGCUUUUGAAUUGA